UGAGGAAGAUGUUGUGAGACGCUUAUGAGGAAAGCCCUAAAUAACAAAAUUACCAUAAUACCCUCAUCUCUGUAAUUUUUAUUUAUUUACUAUAAAUUACCGACAGGUAAAUGAAAAACUUGUUUCCUAGUAAUUUUAAAACACGUGGCACCAAUUGAAGUGGUUGUUGAAAUCAGAGAAGCUCUUGGUGCAUCACGCGCUCUACAUCGUCGUAGCCGUUAGAUGGGGAAUCAAAAUCGUAUGGCCCACCAUAUUUGCAUAAAAGCCCUCCAACUAUCCCAUAAUUACGAUCCGGCCCUCCCCCUUCCCACUCCGACCUAUAAAUACCACCGCCGAAACAAAUUCAGUUUACCAAAACAAAACCCGAAAUCUCCAUGAACAACGAAACAAGCGGCCCUGUUCUCCGGCCACUUCCCGCCGGCGGCGGCGGCGGAUUUAACUCCACGUUCUUCCACAACCACCGUCGAUCUGCUUCUUCUCGAGUGAACAUCUCUUCCUCUCCCAUGUCUCACUCUGUUCGAUUUUCCCUAGGUCACCGGUCCAUCGCCGUCUCAAAUCGGAACUCGCCGGUUUCUCAGCCGUGUAUGUGUUCGCCGACGAACCACCCCGGCUCCUUCCGGUGCAGUCUGCAUAAAAAUGGCGGCAGUAGCCGACACCAUCAGACGUUGUCGGCGUAUUCGUCGAGGCGUUUGAAUAUGCGGCGGUCUGCAAUGACGAACUCGCUCGUGAGAAUCGGUGGCGUUGAAGGAGACUUGGUCAACCGAGCGUUGACUGCUUUGAUUCGACCUUCUUCGCACCAACAGCGACGGAGAGCCAAUUUUCAGUCGCGCCCCAGCCGGCUUUCGGCCAUGUCCGAAAAUCAUAAUUGAAUAAUAAUAUUAUAAAUUUAAAAGAAAA